GGGGUAGUAGCAUCCGAGGGGGGAGGAGUGUGCUCCGGUUCAGGCUGAGUGCGAGGCAAAGCGGCGUCACAUUAACAGUUAAUCCUCACUCUUCUUCCAGCGGUGGAGAGAAUUCAACUUUCGGAAAGGCUGCCACAACAUGAGUAGGACCUGAAGGUACAGUACAUCAUCUCCGAGCCCCAGAGAAAUGAACUGAGGACAAGGAGGAGAGCGCUGGCUUCCUGAGGACAUCUGAGAUUUACAGUCAAACAUGAGGCAGCAGAGGAGCCCAGGACUGGGCACGGCACUAAGCUUGAUCACCUGCAUUUCUUAUGUUUUUCAUAUGACACCUGCCAUGGACAUCCCACUGGAUGUUCUGGGUCAUGUAAACAUUGAACAGCUGCCAACCAUCACAGCUCAGUCACCCAGUUCCCUCAUUGCCUUCCCUUUUGACGAAAGCUUCUCACUGAUAUGCGAAGCCAAAGGGAAUCCCGAGCCAGAAUUCAGAUGGAUGAAGAAUGGCCAGGAAUUUGACCCCUUCCUAGACCCUCGACUGAUGAAAGAGGAGAACUCUGGGACCUUUGUGAUACCCAAUAAUGGGAACCUUACAGAGUACCAGGGAACCUAUCGCUGCUACGCCUCAAACAAACUGGGGACGGCUAUAUCCAAGGAGAUUGAGUUCAUUGUGCCCCAUGUUCCCAAGUUUCCUAAAGAAACGAUUGACCCAUUCAUGGUGGAGGAAGGACAGCCGUUUACGUUGAAAUGUGACCCACCCAAAGGAAUACCACCCCUACAGAUCUACUGGAUGACAAUCAGUCUCCAGCACAUAGAGCAGGAUGAGCGGGUGUCUACAGGCUUGAAUGGUGACCUCUACUUCUCCCACGCGGUGGAGAAGGACAGCAGAAGAGACUACUGUUGCUUCGCUGCCUUCCCUAGAAUACGAACCAUUGUUCAGAAAACCGCCAUGUCUGUCAUCGUCAAGACAAAAAAAAGUGACAUGAAUCCUGAAACUGCUAAUGCAAUUCUGGAGAGAAGACCAUCUCUCCUGACUCCCUCUGGUGUCAGAUCAGAGACACAGUUGAUCAAAGGAGAGGACCUAAAAUUGGAGUGCAUUGCUGAGGGAUUUCCAACUCCACAGGUUGACUGGGUAAAGAUAGGUCAUCAACUUCCUGCUAAGGCAAGACUGGAGAAUCAUGGAAAGCUGCUGAUUGUGCCAAAGGUGGAGCAGGAAGACAGUGGGAAGUACAUGUGCAAGGCAAAGAACCCUCUUGGAGAGGCUGUCCAUUACUUCACUGUGACAAUUGAAGAGCCUCCAGAGUGGGUGUUUGAGCCCAGGAGUCAGCUCAGUAUGAUUGGCUCCGAUGUGCACAUCAAAUGCUCGGCCAGCGGGUCUCCUGAGCCCACUGUCAUUUGGAGGGUGAACGGUCUGCCUCUGCAGGACUCGCCGGCAGCCAACAGGAGGGUGUUUGGUGACACCAUUGUCUUACGUAAGGCUCAAGCAUCUGACAGUGCUGUUUAUCAGUGUGAGACCUCCAAUAGGCACGGAACCCUCCUUUCCAAUGCAAACAUCAUGAUUAUGAAUGUGCCGCCGAUGAUUUUAACGACAGACGGGGAGGAAUACUCUGCUGUGGAGGGGAAGAGAGUGAUGCUGCACUGUAACGUCUUCAGCUCUCCUCCCUCGGCGAUCACUUGGAGCAGAGAAGACUCCACUGACUCUGUGGAGGGGCCGAGGUUUUCUGUUCAUGACAAUGGGACCCUGGAGAUUUAUCAUGCAGAGAAAGACGAUACGGGACAGUACACGUGUUUAGCUAAAAACAUGGAGGGGACGUCUGCCAUUGACGCCAUGCUCUAUGUGAAAGAUCCCACUAGAAUUGCCGUGGUCCCAGAGGACCAGCAGAUCUUAAUAGGUACCACGGCUCAACUCUCAUGCCUGGCAGAGUACGACAAGUCCUUCAGCGAUGACUUUGAGCUCCUCUGGGAAAAAGAUGAUAUGGAGAUAGCCCUCAACUACACUGAGAAUUCAAGAUACUUUGCAGAGGAUGGUAUCCUUCAGAUUUUUAAUGUGAGCCACGCGGACCAGGGGGUGUACACCUGUGUGGUGAGAACCCCAGUGGACCACGAUGCGGCUUCAGCGCUGCUCAUAGUGUUGGAUGUCCCAGAUGCACCGGAGGACCUGGUGCUGUCUGACCACAAGAGCAGAAGUGUGAAACUGAAAUGGAUCCCUGGGAAGGAUCAUAACAGCUCAGUCACAGAGUUUGUUGUUGAGUACGAAGAAAACCAGUGGGAACCAGGAAACUGGAAGGAGCUGCUCCGAGUACCUGGGAACCACAACUCGGCUGUCCUCAAACUCUAUGGCCAUGUCGACUAUCGCUUCCGCGUGUUUGGAAUCAACGCUGUUGGCAGGGGUCCUCCCAGUGAGCCCACAGAGAGAUACAAACCUCCCCCAGCAGCCCCCGACAAGAACCCUGAGAAUAUCAAAAUCGAAGCUCAUUUACCACAUGAAAUGGAUAUCAACUGGGAGCCCUUGUUGCCCAUUGAGCACAAUGGUCCCGGUCUGGAGUAUAGGGUGAGCUACAGGCGGCAGGACAUUGGGGAAGACUGGAAGGAACACAUGGUGAAGAGACACUCCUUUGUUGUGAAGAACACGCCCACCUUUGUGCCCUAUGAGAUCAAGAUCCAGACAAGGAAUCACCAGGGCUGGGGGCCCGAGCCCAAAAUCGUGACCGGCUAUUCGGGCGAGGACUUUCCCUCUGCUGUACCUGAUGAUGUAGCUGUAGAGGUGAUGAACAGCUCCUUGGUCAAGGUUAGCUGGACGCUUGUACACAAGGACAAGCUAAAUGGACAUCUGGGAGGAUACAGGAUAAACUGGUGGCGUCUGCGUAGUCUUGUGGACUCAAAGAAAAACCACGGAGACAAGCACACACUCACAGUCCCCGGGGACCGGAACCACGCCACGGUACCAGGACUCAUGCCCUUCUCUGAGUACAGCCUCAUCAUGAUGACCUUCAACGGGCGGGGCAAUGGUCCCGGCAGCCAUCCCGUCAACUUCAGAACCCCAGAGGGAGUCCCCGAGAAAAAUCCUGCUUUCAGGGUCUCCGAUGUACAGAAGCACACAGUCUCUCUGUCCUGGUCCCCGCCAGUGGAACCUAACGGGAUUCUCACAGGCUACCUCCUUGAAUAUCAGCUCACCAAUGACACAAAUGAAGUGGGACCGCUACAGACCAUAGACAUUAGCAACCCUGACACCACCAAAUGGAUCCUGCGUGACUUGGAGCCGUUGAGCAGAUACAACUUCAACCUGCGCUCCUGCACUAUGGUGGGCUGUGGGCCCGUCGUCAGCAAGGAGUGCACGACAACCCUAGAAACAACUUCCACAAUGGCUUCCACUGUCGGCCCCAGCAGGUCAGCUUCCCCCUCACCUCCAAGCACUUCAAAAUCCAAAGUGACCAAACCCACUCGUUUCACAAUAGGUCUGGCCAGCAUCCAUGGAGGAAUAUCCACCAAGGGCUGGUUUAUCGGCCUUAUGUGUGCCAUCGCUCUCCUCACACUCAUUGUGCUGAUUGCCUGCUUUGUCAACAGAAAUAAAGGAGGGAAGUAUUCAGUAAAAGAAAAAGAAGAUCUCCACCCAGACGUGGAAUCCCAGGGCAUGAAUGAUGACACAUUUUGCGAAUACAGUGACAAUGACGAAAAACCACUAAAAGGCAGCCAGCACUCACUGAGCAGAGAGAUCAAAGCAGGGGACAGCGGGGACAGUUUGGUGGACUACGGCGACGAGGACGUGCAGUUCAACGAGGAUGGCUCCUUCAUCGGCGAGUAUGCCGGGCGAAAGAGGGAGAAGAGAGCAUCUGCUGAGAUCAAAGCCGCCGUUCAAACCUCAGCAUGAGGAACAGAACUGUCGUUCUUUCUAUUCCGAAUACUGUUUUCAUUAAACCUGCUGAGAGGAACAAAUGAAAUGGGAGAAAAGACAUUGUUCACACUGUGCACAACUUUUUUGUGUCAAAUCUAAUGUGUCAUUCCUACUGCACACUGCCAUCUUUAUUUUUUAAAGCCCUGCAGAAUGACCAUUACUAAAUCCUGUGUAUAUAUAGUGUAUAUUCUAUGUGUUGAGUGUCUUUUUUUGAAUAAUUAUUAUUACGCAAAAAAUGUAGAGAGCUUGAACUUUUUAUUCAUUUCCAUCACUUCAGCUGCAGAACUGUUUGUAUAAAUAUCCCUUCCGGUUGCAUAUCAUUAUAUGCAGCUGCGUAUCUGACGUUGUCUUGUAGCAGACCACAGAUGAGUUGAAAUAUCAAAAUAUUUUUCAACUGUUCAACAAAUAUUACUGACAUUUUAUAUUUGAAAUUGAUUCAUUAAAUAUGAUAUAAGAUUUGUAUAAACAUUGAUUAUUAACUUAUUUUUUCCAGUGGUUUUAUAUCUGACAAAAUAACAAUGAAAUUUACAUAUCAUUACACAACAAGCACUGAUUUUAGAAUCAUGAAUAUCCCUUUGAUGUUAGAGGAAAUAUUAUUUAGUUUCUAUGCCUUAUUUAAGUGUAUGUAGAUCCAUUAUAUAAAUCUGAGGUAUAGGACUGUGCUUGUAGCUGUCUCAAAACAUUUUAAAAGAACAUGUAGUUCAAUACAGAUAUCCAGUUACAGUACCUGUAGUAGCAGCUAUUGACAUAACAUAGAAACACAAUUACAGUGAAAACCACUUUAUAGACAACAUACUACCACAGCUACAAGUUGCCUUUGUUUUUUUUAAACACGAUAUUUUGACAUUUUUUCUUUUUUAAGUGUUGCAGGGUGGCACAAGUAACUGUAAGCUAUUGAAUACAGACCAUGAGAAUCCUACAAUUCUCCUAAUGUAGGAUUCUUCAAUAAUUUCCACAAGAUUAUAUACAUUUGUAGUGUAUGACUCCCAGGUUUUGACUAUUGACUAUGACUACCAUUGUACUUUUAGAGCAUGCUUCAUGAUGUAUAACUGAUUUGAAGCUGUGGGGUUGGUGGACUUCCCCUUUAAGAAGAAAAGCACAUAACACCUGUGAUGGAUUCCAGACUUUUUGUAAUUAAAACAGUCAGUCAGUAUGUCGGUCAGCAUUAACACUAUUCUCUGAAUACUUUUUUACGUUGUUUUGUAAAAAAUCAGCCAUGCAUGUUGAAAAUGUUAAUUGGUGUUUUUGAUGUCAUUAAAUUGCUUUACUUUCCUA